AUGGAUAUUCGUUCUCGAAAGUCCGCCUCAACAGUGACAGUGGUUGCAGAAAACGCAGCUGACCCACGUGAUCGAAUGAAGAGCAAAGAGCGUACAUCACUAUUGACAUGGGAUGAGAUACCCGACUGGUACCAGGACAAUGAGUAUAUUUUGUCUAGUUAUAGGGAAGUAUCCCGGUCUUACCAACGAUCUUUGGGAAGUAUUCUUGGUAUUCAUAACGAAACAGUCAAUAUAUUCUCGCAUAUAAUAGGGUCUAUCAUCUUCUUUACUCUACCCAUGCCCAUUUACUGGUCUUUGCAACCAAGAUACGCCACGGCAACUACAGCAGAUUUCGUUGUCUUCUCAACAUUCUUCUUUGGUGUUGCUAUAUGUUUUGUAUUGUCGGCCAUCUUCCACAUCUUCAACAACCACAGCCAGAGUGUCUACAUAUUUGGAAACCAACUCGAUUACCUAGGUAUUGUUAUCUUGAUGUGGGGCUCCACAAUUCCUUGCGUUUAUUACGGCUUCUACUGCACACUACAUCUACAAAAGACCUAUUACACCCUUGCAUCAGUCUUAGCGGCCGGUUGCGUGUACGCAACUCUUCACCCUGCUUUCCGUCAUCCAAAAUAUCGCCCAUAUCGUGCAGCCGUGUAUGCGGGCCUUGGGCUAUCGUUCAUUAUUCCCAUCGUUCAUGGAAUCACGAUAUUUGGUUGGGAAACGCAGAUGUGGAGAAUGAGUCUGGACUGGAUGGCAUUGAUGACGACAUUCAACCUUACUGGUGGGGCCCUGUACGCUAUGAGGAUUCCUGAGAAGUGGUAUCCUUAUCGAUUUGACGUGUGGGGCGCAAGCCACCAGAUUAUGCAUUGCUUGGUUGUAUGCGCAGGCAUUGCCCAUUUAUAUGGUCUCUUGAGGGCAUUUGACCAUAUACACGGACACGGAGAUGCUUGCAGCGUAUGA